GCACCGCACGCGCUCCGUCCCGUCACAACUUCGGAGAAGAUGCGCGCGCGACUCCUGUGUUUCUGAAUCUCGUCCUUCUCUCAUCGCUGUGUCUCACUGUGGUGCCACCUGACUUCAGCUGAAACCUGUGCGAAUCGAGUGUCGUGUACAGUGAACAACUAGUUUACGGAAAUUUUCAUCUUAGAAACUUUUAUCCUCAAAGCGGAUCCAUGCGUUUGGACCGAGUCGGUACUUGUGCAUAGAACUGGUAUUUCCCACAAUGAUGUUCUUCUUCCUGUGGCGCUGUGCCUCCAUCCUUCUGGGCCUGUCAUGCUGUCUUAUGGAAGUGACAUCAUCAUUGAACCUGGAGGAUCCUAAUGUCUGCAGCCAUUGGGAGAGUUACUCAGUCACAGUGCAGGAGUCGUACGCACACCCGUAUGAUCAGGUGUAUUACACCAGCUGCACUGAUAUCCUCACAUGGUUCAAGUGCACGCGCCACAGGGUGAGCUACAAGACUGCGUAUCGGAGAGGAAACAAGACCAUGUACCGCCGCAAGUCUCAGUGCUGCCCAGGUUUCUACGAGAGCAAAGAGAUGUGUGUUCCGCACUGUGCUGAGAAAUGCGUGCACGGCCGCUGCGUGGCCCCCAACACCUGUCAGUGUGAACCAGGCUGGGGAGGAGCCGAUUGCUCCAGCGCAUGCGACAGCACUCACUGGGGUCCUCACUGCAGCAACCGGUGUCAGUGUAAAAAUGGAGCGCUGUGUAACCCCAUCACAGGUGCGUGUAUCUGCACAACUGGCUACCGCGGCUGGCGGUGCGAGGAGCGCUGUGAGCCGGGCACCUACGGUAACAACUGCCAGCAGAAAUGUCAAUGCCAAAACAAUGCCACCUGCCACCAUGUCACUGGCGAAUGCACAUGCAGUCCUGGCUACACUGGAGCAUUCUGUGAGGAUCUGUGUCCUCCAGGCAAACACGGGCAGCAGUGUGAGGAGCGUUGUCCCUGCCAGAAUGGUGGAGUGUGUCACCAUGUAACUGGUGAAUGUUCCUGUCCUGCUGGCUGGAUGGGAACUGUUUGUGGACAGCCCUGUCCCGAGGGUCGCUUUGGUAGGAGCUGCUCUCAGGAGUGUCAGUGUCACAAUGGAGGAACCUGCUCUUCAUCUACAGGAGAAUGUUUUUGCAGUCCAGGCUACACUGGGGAGAGGUGCCAGGAUGAAUGUCCGAUUGGCAAGUAUGGUGUGAACUGCCACCAGACAUGCCGCUGUGAAAACGGAGCCAAGUGCUACCACAUUAGCGGCGCUUGUCUGUGCGAGCCGGGUUACACUGGUGAGAUGUGCGAAACCCGAAUCUGCCCAAAGGGCAUCUACGGCCUCAAGUGCGAAAAGCAGUGCCCGUGCCACGAGCCAAACACUCAAAGUUGCCACCCUGUAUCAGGUGAGUGCCUGUGCCAGCCUGGUUGGUCAGGUAUUUAUUGUAAUGAGACAUGUGCACCAGGCUUCUACGGCGAGGAGUGUCGGCAGGUGUGUCAGUGCCAGAAUGGUGCAGACUGCCACAGUGUGACAGGAGAGUGUAUGUGCGCUCCAGGCUUUCAGGGUGUAGACUGCUCUAUCCGUUGUCCAGCAGGAAUGUAUGGAGUGAAUUGCUCCUCUGCUUGCACAUGUAAGAACGGAGCUACAUGUUCAGCUGUGGAUGGAUCAUGCACAUGCAAAGCAGGUUGGUAUGGAGUGCACUGCUCUAUAAACUGCCCAAGUGGCACAUGGGGACUCGGCUGUAACCUCACCUGCAUGUGUGGAAAUGGCGGAGCUUGUAACGCUCUAGACGGUCAGUGUACCUGCGCUCCAGGCUGGAGGGGCGAGCGAUGUGAUGUGCACUGCCAGGAUGGGACAUAUGGGAUGGACUGUCGAGAGCGCUGUGACUGCAGUCAUGCCGACGGCUGUCACCCUACGACUGGACACUGCCGCUGUCUCGCAGGCUGGACAGGCAUCCACUGCGACAGUGUGUGUGCUGAGGGUCGCUGGGGGCCAAACUGCUCUCGGCCCUGUAACUGUAAGAAUGGUGCGUCUUGCUCGCCGGAUGAAGGCACGUGCGAGUGCGCUCCUGGCUUUAGAGGCACCACCUGCCAACGCAUCUGCUCUCCAGGUUACUUUGGGCAUCGCUGCAGUCAGGCCUGUCCUCAGUGCGUGCACAGCAAUGGUCCGUGUCACCAUGUGACAGGCCAGUGCGACUGUCUCCCUGGAUUCAAAGGAGCCCUUUGCAAUGAAGUGUGUCCCAGUGGCAAGUUUGGGAAGAAUUGUGCCGGGACAUGCACCUGCACUAACAACGGCACAUGCAACCCCAUUGACGGCUCAUGCCAGUGUUACCCUGGCUGGAUCGGCAGUGACUGCUCACAGCCUUGCCCUCCAGGUUACUGGGGCCCAAACUGCAUCCAUACAUGUAAUUGUCAUAAUGGAGCAUACUGCAGCGCAUAUGACGGAGAAUGCAAGUGUACACCAGGAUGGACCGGACUUUACUGCACACAACGCUGUCCGUUAGGUUUCUAUGGUAAAGACUGUUCCCAGAGCUGUCAGUGUCAGAAUGGUGCAGACUGUGACCACAUCUCUGGGCAGUGUACCUGCCGCAGAGGCUUCAUGGGACGCCACUGUGAACAAAGAUGUCCUCCUGGUACGUACGGUUUUGGCUGCCGGCAGGUCUGCGAUUGCCUAAAUAAUUCCACGUGUGAUCACAUGACUGGAACGUGCUACUGCAACCCAGGCUGGAAGGGAUCGCGGUGUGACCAAGUCGGUGUUAUCAUCGUAGGCAACCCUAACAGUCUGACCAGUGCAGCGGUUCCAGUUGAUUCCUAUCAGAUUGGGGCCAUCGCUGGAAUUAUCGUCCUGGUGCUGAUGGUGCUUUUCCUCCUGCUCCUCUUUAUCAUUUACCGAAAAAAGCAGAAAGGAAAAGAGCCUACGAUGCCUUCUGUCACUUACACCCCUGCUAUGCGGGUUAACACAGACUACACUAUUGCAGAUGCAGUACCACAGACAAAUGAGCUUCCUUCCAACAGUAAUUACUUCUCCAACCCCAGCUAUCACACACUGGCCCAGUGCACCAGCCCACCUCAUGUCAACAACCUGCCCUAUGGAAAAGCGAAGAACAACCAGUUGUUUGUGAACCUGAAGAAUGUUGAGCAGAGAAAGAGGCCUGCUCUGAUGGAUCAUACUGGAACAUUGCCUGCUGACUGGAAACAAGGCAGCUGCUUCAAUGAGCUCGGAGCGUAUGGAGUUGACGGUCGUUACCUUGGAAAAUCUCUUCGAGAUCUGGUAAAAGGUGUGCCCUACCAUGCCAGCACUUGUUCUGUAAACUCGGAGAACCCUUAUGCGACAAUUAAAGACCCUCCUCCCCUGGUGCCUAAGAACACAGAGUGUGGCUACGUGGAGAUGAAGUCACCUACGCAGAGAGACUCUCCCUAUGCAGAGAUAAACAACUCCAGUCCUACAAACAAAAAUGUAUAUGAAGUCGAGCCAACAGUUAGUUCAGUGUACAUACCUGCCAACAACAACUGCAACGGACCGUUUAGCCAGGACCCAUAUGACCUACCAAAGAACAGCCACAUCCCAUGUCAUUAUGACCUGCUGCCCACACGGGACAGCACGCCGUCCCCCCACAAAGAGCUGGAAAAUGAAUGAGCUCUCAGAGAACUGACCAAAACCCACCAUUCCCACUGCCACAAACACGCCUUCUGUUGUUCCUUCAGCUCCACUCGUGAAUUAUUUUCUUAUUAUUUUCUUUUCUGCAUAUCUGCACAUCAGUGAACUACUUAUUUCUAUCUUUUUUUUUGUUUAGAACUCUUUUAACUGUUAUAAUCUUGUUCCUAAUCUUGUUCAUUCUUUUUCUUCUUCUUUUACAGUAAGAAACACAUUUUAUAUUUAGAUUUUCUAAACAUUUCUCUCAGUUGAACACUUUAUAGUAAAAACCCAUUUUGUAAAUACAUGAAGGAGGUGAUGUUAUAUAGCAGAUUUACACAGUUAAUUUUCUCAAACCAAUCAUUCCACUGAUGAAAUCAUAUCACUUGGAAAUUCAGAGUGAACCUCAAAUUUAUUUUUGUAAAAUAAAUAUAACUGUCUUGAAAUGUAUUCAGUAUUUGAUGUUUGAAAGGAGGCUGUAUUGUUUUUGUAGCUUUCUGUUUCUUUCUUUUGUGUUUAGAGGUUAAUAUUACCACCAUCUGUGUUUUAAGUAUUUGUGUGGGCUGUACAACAUUGCAUUAUGAUUACUGUUUUAAAAACUAAAACUGGAGCGAUUGGUAUUGCAUUUGAGAGCCAAUCGUGCUGCAUCGGUGCAAUGCAUAAAAUCAUACCGAUACAAGAAUCAAGAGUUUCACAUCGAACAUAACAACGGGGAAAUGUGAUCUUAGAAAGUUAGACUGUGACAUGGCCCUUUCAGAUUUGGCGAGCCUGUGUGCAUACUGUAACAAUAUUUGAGUUGUAAGUGUAGCCUUUCGUUCAGAUUAAACCAGUCUGUCCAUUCUCCUCUUAACUCUUUCCUCGACAGACCUGGUGCUUAAUGUUGGUUUUCUUUCCCCAUCAUUUCUAAAAUACUCAAACCAAGAUGUCUGGCUUCAACGUGAAGUUUGUUUGGCUGAUCACAUUAGCUAAAGCUCUUGACCUAUUUAGGCAUGAAUGUAUGCAUUGCUCUAUCACAACAUGGUUAGCCCUAAUUGUGAUUAUGGGUACCUGUGUUCAUAGGAAAGUGACCAAUUAAUGUAUUUUCUGUCUCAUUUCUGACAUUUUGUGCCAUGAACGUGUCUGUCGUUGGCUGACACACUGAUUAUGGCUCGGCAUGACAUCAGUAUCAGGUAUCAUUAUAUUUUCAUACGCUGAUAUUGGCAUUAUUUUGGAAAAUAUAAAAUCUGGUAAUUCGGUGCAUCUCUGUUAGCAGAUGCUGUUAUUUCUUACCGUUUUAUCCAUAAUACAUUUAACCAAAGGUUAAUGUGCCAUAAUUAAUGCUUAGUUUCUUCAGCUAUGUUGACUCUGUUGUUAAUAUUUAUUAGACGACCAUCUUUCAGUUCUGUUCUGCAUAGGCCUGGGUGUGCAUUUAUCAAUCACUAAUACAAUAAUCACAGUAACAUUUAAGUCCUAUUUAACCUCAGUGACAAUAACACACAACUGUCUAAUUUUUUUGUUUUUGUUUUUAUCCACCAACAGUAUUUACAUCAGGUAUAUAUUAAGAAAUUUUAUAUUUACAUGUAAAUGUCAAAUAUUGAUCAUCACCUGACAGCAUAAUAAAUAAUUAAUUAAAAGAUUAUUGGAUUUUUAUAAUGCUUAAGAAAAUAAUUACAAUGCUUAAGCUGGACUUUUGCAGUGGAGUUGAAAUGUAUCGUGUAACACCAGUUCUGGGUCAAAAGUUUUGUUUAAUUUUGAUACCUAACCUUUUGAAAGUAUGUGGUAUUUAUACAUUAUGUAAAAGUUUGCAUUGAAUGAACACAGACAGCCGACAGUCUUAAUCUGCCCUGUUACAUUUGUAUGAUAAUAAUAUGCAUUGGCAUAAUUGUAUAUAGCUGUUACUCAUAGAAAAAAAAAAAGCCAUGGGCCAUAGGACAUUAUUUUUGGGAAGUGUGUGUGAAAAUGACAUUCAAUAUCUUGUCUCCAGUUUUUCAUAGGCUUUAUUUAGGUUCAGUCACAAAAAAAAAAAAAAAAAAACUAAUUAACGAAGUGUUGCAUGUAAUUUGGCCUCAAAUCCUAGGAAUUCAUACUACUUUUUUAUUUCCCUUAAAGUAACACUAUAACAGAACAAAUUUUUUAAAGGAAUACUACAAUUCAAUAUUAUUCAAAAUGGCAUUUCUAUAUUUUUUACACUCUUUUUUUUUUACAGUUAGAAGUUAGAAGUAAUUGAAAAAACCAUUGCAAACUUGUGUUAACAGAACUGGAAGGUUAAAUAAGUGUUAUGUAAAUAUAUCUUUAUUUUCCUUAAUAGUGUGUGUGUUUUAUAAGAACAGAAUGAACUUGCACAGUUGUAAUCCUCUUCCCCAAAGAACACCCAUGAAAAUGGUAUUUGCUUCCAUUUCCCCACUUUUCCUACAUGCUUUGUUAUGUAUUUUAUUUUUCUGUAGUGUAUAUGUACUGUAUGUGCAAUUGGGGUUUACAAUAAAAUGGCAAAAUGUC